AUGAAGUUGUCUGUGUUCUCCCUGAGCCUUUUGGCUCUUCUGACGCCUCUGGCCGCGGCCUGGUCAAAGGAGGAUCGUGAGAUCUUCCGUCUGCGUGACGAGAUCGCCACCUUCGAAGGCCCGGAAGUGAGCUUCUACGACUUCCUCGGCGUCGCCCCCUCGGCCACCCAAGAUGAUAUCAACAAAGCCUACCGCAAGAAGUCUCGCUCCCUCCACCCCGACAAGGUCAAGCAGCAGCUCACCGCCGAGCGAACCAAGGCCAAGAAGGACAAGAAGAACAAGAAGCCCGGCGUGAACGUCGCCAAGCCCCCCUCGCAGUCUGAGAUCAAGGCCGCCAUCAAGACCGCUUCCGACCGUCAAGCCCGCCUGUCCAUCGUCGCCAACAUCCUCAAGGGCUCCGGCCGUGCUCGCUACGACCACUUCGUGUCCAAUGGCUUCCCCACGUGGAAGGGCACCAACUACUACUACGACCGGUACCGCCCCGGCCUCGGCACGGUCAUGUUCGGCGUCUUCCUCGCCCUCGGCGGUGCGCACUACAUCGCCCUGUACAUGGGCUGGAAGCGCCAGCGCGAGUUCGUCGAGCGUUACAUCAAGUUUGCGCGGCACGCGGCGUGGGGCGACAACCUCGGGAUCCCCGCCGUCGACGUCGGCGCCGGCGGUGCACCGGUCGGGACCGCCGCGCCGCCCCCGGGCCCCGCCGACGAGCAGCCGGAGCAGGCCAUGCCCACCAACCGCAAGAUGAGGCGCAUGCAGGAGCGCGAGGCCAAGAAGGGCAAUCCUCAGGAAGGGGCCAAGCGCGGUGGUCGUCGAGCUCCCCCCCGCGCCAGCUCCGCCUCUGGCACCGCUACCCCUACCGCCGCUGCCACUGCUGGUUCCGCUGGUCCCCAGGGCGCCAAGAAGCGUGUCGUUGCGGAGAACGGCAAGGUCCUGGUUGUUGACUCUCUCGGUGACGUGUACCUCGAGCAGGAGGACGAGGAUGGCAACGUGGAGGAAUUCUUGCUUGACCCCAACGAGAUCCCCAAGCCCACCAUUCGCGACACCGCCCUCGUGCGUAUGCCCAUCUGGUUCUAUGGCCGCACCGCUGGCCGUUUCCUCUCCAAGAACCAGGACGGCGACGAGGACUACGAGGAGGUUGAGGAGGAGGGCACCGACUUUAAGGAAGUCGGCUCCGCCGAGACUGACUCCUCGUCCGGCGCCGGCGGCAAGCGAACCCCCAGCACUGGCUCUGUGGACGAUGAUUUCGAGCUGCUUGAUAAGUCGGUCGAGGACGUCUCCGCUCCCAAGGCAACCGGCAGCCAGCCUCAGGCCAAGUCUGGAAAGAGCAGCAAGCGCAAGUCGAAAAAGAGAUGA